AUUACACUCAGACUGCACUACUUGUGGGCGGGACCUCUGCAAGCAGUGGUGAUCAUCAUUUUCCUUUGGUAUGAGAUCGGCCCCUCGUGCCUGGCAGGUGUUGCAACAAUUGCAGUUAUGAUGCCGAUACAGACCUGGUUUGGAAAACUCUUCGGCAUCUUCAGGAAAGAAAUCAGUCGGAUAUUAAAGAGCUCCUACUUACGAGGACUCAACAUGGCUUCUUUCUUUGCCAGCAGCAAGCUCAUAAUCUUUGUUACCUUCACGGUCUACACUCUUUUGGGGAACACUAUGACUGCCAGCCAGGUGUUUGUCACCAUGUCCCUGUAUGGUACAAUUAAGGUCACCCUGACCCUGUUCUUUCCUCUGGCCAUUGAGAAGUUGUCAGAGACUGUGGUGAGCAUUCGCAGGAUUAAGAAUUUUCUCCUACUGGAAGAGAUUGAGAGAAAAAACAUUAUGUUGCCUUUGGCGGAAAAGGGGGAAAACUCUAUUGAGAUCGAGAAACUGACCUGCUACUGGGAUAAGAGUUUGGAUGCACCAUCUCUUCAGAAUGUUUCCAUCACAGCAAAGUCACAUCAACUUCUGACUGUAAUCGGACCAGUGGGGGCCGGAAAGGACCUGGAGAUGUUCCCAGAUGGAGACCUGACACUGAUUGGAGACAGAGGAGCCACACUCAGUGGGGGACAGAAAGCUCGUUUAAACCUGGCGAGGGCUGUGUAUGAGGAUGCAGACAUCUACCUCCUGGAUGACCCUUUGAGUGCUGUGGAUGCAGAAGUUGGAAAACAUCUUUUCGACAA